UGCUGGUUCGUAAUCGUUUCCUGCUUCACGCUGCGCGCUGUUGCCCGAGCGAUAGGUCAAGUUUCACUUCGUGUGACGUAAAAAAAACCUAAACCCGAAGCUUGGGAACAAGAAGAAGAAGGAAAAAUACCUGAUUCAUUCUGGAGGAGCUUCUUUUCUCGAUCCAGGCUUAAGUUGACGGAUUGUUUUUCUGGGGACUUUUUGAUUCGCUUUGUUCUUCUCCUUUUCCACUCGUCCAAAGCGCCGUCAUUUCAAAGCCAUGUCCCAGAAACUGACCGGUGAUGAUGCUCAGAAAGGUUUUGCUGUAGGCCGCGGGCUUUUGGCUGCCGCUGAGACUUUGAACUUUAGUAUGGGCGACACUCACUCGGACCCCUACGGCUCGUCUUCCCAAUCACAUAGUGGCAUGUCUGGCCUGGGUGGAGGGGAGGGAAAAGACCACGACUCUCAGCUGCACCGCCGAGCGGGCAGCCACAUUAGCCAUACCAUAAAACUGUUUGCCAGCCUAGGUCUGUCGCCGACUGAUCUGGACGCACUGGCGCAGGUUCCAGAGGAGAACAUCAGCGUGGAGACCUUGCCCCAUCUUAUAAUGCAACUUAAGAACCGCAAGAUGGUAUCCGGCCGCCGCAUUGCUGGUGAUCCAUCGAAUCUUUCUUCAGAGACUUCAUACAGAGGUGGCCGAGACGAUUGGGGCGACAUGCAGGGCGGACGUUUGGACCGUUCCAGUGGGCAGGCUCAAAGCCGCUCACAAGGUGACUUCGGUUAUACUUCCAUGCAAGAAACAUCUGGUCGAGGGUACGACAUGUUAGAUUACAGGAGCGGUAGCGGCAGAGACCGCCAAUAUUCUGAGCUUUCCCGUGACUCCUACCGCAGCCUCGGCAUGUCAACGUCUUCAGCAUCUGACGACCUGUUCAUGCAGAGAAGAAUGGGCACCCCGUCUCAGAGAAAAGUGCAGGAUUUCUUGGGAGUCAUGCCCCUCAUGUUUCCCCAUGUAUGCUCCCUUUGUGAUUUUGAUGUUCACUCUGUCAUGGAAUGGACUCAACACACCACUGGGAUUCGUCACUCUGAAAACCGCAAACUCCUUCUGCAAAUGUACCCGGACUGGGAUCCUCAAAUGCCCUCUAAUCGCAUGUCAACAUCCCUUUCCCUGGACACAAAGAGUCGUUCAGAUGGAUUGCUGGGAGCAGCUCCAAUUGGUGGUGGUCUACAGAGAACAGGGAUGAGCUCUAACUGGGGGUCUGAUUCCAGUAUGGGAAUGACAAGUAAAAGGACGUCAUAUUCAGCGGCACCCAAGAAAAGUGGAAGGCCGGGCAGAGACAUUAGGCCUCUGAAGAGAGGAGUCAGCCAGGUGGUGUUUUUCUUCAAUUUACCACGGGACAGCGACAAGAAAAUGGAGCUCCUCACAAUAGCUCGUAGAUUUGGCACUGUUGAGAAACAUCUCUUUUUAAAUGAUGCAGCAUUUGUUCAAAUGAGCAAGGCUGAGGAUGCAGAGAUGUUGGUGAAGUACUACACUGUCAACCCUUUGACUAUCGGUGGAAGAUCCAUUCGACUGAACAUCUGCACGAAGUAUAAGACUCUAACGGUCCCACCUGGAAAGGGUGACCAAGGAAGGGAAGAACCUACCCGUAAGCGCAGCAGUAGCAGCAGCUCCACCAGCAGAACUGGUGAUAAACCAUCAAAGAAUCAAAGGUCCUCUACUUCCAAAGCCAAAGAGAGCUCUGAUGAGAAAGAAGAGGAACCAAAGCCUGAGGAAGCAGAGGCCCUGGGUGACGGGUCAGGAGAUGAAGCUGUUAUGGAAGCACGUGAUGGAGACAAAAAAGUUUUUGAUGAAGAUCCAUCUCCAGAUGAUGUUGACCUAUCCUGUGAUCCAGAGCAAACCAGUGAACAAGCACCAGAUAUUGAUGAUUCCAACAUAGAGGAUGAGGAGGACCCUGAAGCACAGCAAGCCAGAGAUCCCUCCAGCGACGAGACCACAGAGAACCAAAAAGACUCUGGUGAAAAACAGGAAGAGACUCAGCCGGAGGAACCUGCAACAUCUGAGGCUGAGCAGGAGAACACAGAUGAGCUUCCUAAAGACCUCGAGGAACAGAAUGAUGACCAACCUGAAGAUGAGGGUGCUGAAGAGGACGAUGAAGAGCAGGACAGUCAAAAAACUGACUUUCCUGAGAACAUGGAUGAGUUUGUUACUCUGGAUGAGCUAGCGGAGGAGGAGGACGGCGAGAGACAAGACUCAAAGUCCAAAGCUAAAAGCACAUCAGGAAGCUCCAGGAAUAGUGGAGGAUUUAGAGUUGUGAAUGUCGUUGGGUUUAAACGUGGCUACGGUUAUCUAGAUGAAAUCCUUACUCUUGCCAAGCCUUUUGGUAAAGUGGUGCGGCACCUGGUCUUGGACGUGAGGCCUGAGGCCUUUCUAGAGUUCUCCAAUGAACAAGAGGCAAGAGCAAUGGUUAGUUUCUACAGUGGAAAUGUCUUACCAUCUGUGUGUGGAAAACCUGUGAAGGUUAUUCAUUCACACACCUAUCCAACCAUCCAGGUAAGACUUGGGCUUUUUAACUCGCCAUGAAUAAAAUGUAUGUGAAUCUAAAAGAAGCAGAAUCUAACGCCUAUAUUUGUGCAACAUCUACAGAGUGGCAGAGUUAUCUACGUUGGUAAGAUUCCAUCCUUCAAAGGCUCAGAUGCUUCUCUUCUGAAAAUCGCAGAACCAUUUGGAAAAAUCAGAAGAUAUUUUCUGAAUCCAUUUCGCAAUGAGUGCUUCAUUGAGAUGGAAAGAGGGGAAGAUGCUGAGAAAAUGGCAGAGGCCUACAAGGAAAAUCGACCUAAAUUUGAAGGCAAACGACUGGUUGUCUACAUAAGCAGGAAAUAUAAGCAGCUCAAACGUGGAAAAAGACCUCCAACCCCAGAACCCGGGGAUAAACGGCCACUCAAGAGAGAACGCUCCAAAGAAGAUGAGGCCCAGAGGAACUCCUCUGGCAAAAUUAAGGAUAAAAAAGAGGAAGAACCUUCUGUCAAGAAGAUCAAAGUGGAUGAGCCUGUUGCUGAUAAAGCUGAGGAGAUGGAGAGUCAGGAAGAGAAGGAAAGCCAAAAUGUUUCUGCAGAAACUGUUUCAGAGGAAAAGAAAGAGCAAGAGGAAGAACAAAGCAAAGACACAUCAGAGCUCCAGAAUAUAGAGAAGGAACCUGAGCCUGAAGAUGAAGAAACUGUUGCUUCUCCCACUGUUGUGUCAGAGAAGAGUGUGAAGACUGAGGAAACAAACAUUACAGCAGCACCGUCUGAAACAAAGCUUGAAACUAGCCAUUCUACUCUAGAGCCAUAUGAUCCUAAUGUCCCAGUGGGUGUGGAGUUUGUGAAGAUGGGGUACUACUGCAGAGUCUGCUUCCUGUUUUACUCUAAUGAGGACACUGCUAAGAAAAUUCACUGCAGUAGCCAAGCACACUACGAUAAACUUAAGAAAUAUUUGGAAAAGGAGAAAACCAAAGCACAGAGUAACGGGACGAAGAAAUGAACCAUUGAUGCUGGAUCUGUUAAUAUGUCCAUUAUGUCCCUGUGUUUGUAUUUUUUGUGUAAGCUGUUUUGUUCAAUUAUUUUUCUAAAAAAAAUAAAAAAAAAUAAAAAGAUUA